AACCUCACCGUGAUCCUCUCGGCUCACUACCCUGGCGAGGAAAUCGGCAACUCCAUCGUGGACGUUCUUUGGGGAGCUACUCCACCUUUUGGCUGUCUGCUUUACACUAUCCCCAAGACUCUGGAGGACUACAGGCCGCCCAUCUUCAACCUCACAACGCCUCCCGUGAGCCUUGAUGCGUGGCAGACGAAUUUCACUGAGGGUCUUAUAAUUGAUAACCGUCACUUCGAUGCCAAUGACAUUGAGCCUCAGUAUGAGUUUGGUUUUGGUCUGACUUAUGCCAAAUUUGAGCUAGAAGGAGAGGUUGACUUAAAAUUGAGCGGCACUCUCGCCCCAAAUGCAGACAAGUCGAAGGGCAGUGCACCCGGUGGUCUCAAAGAUCUAUGGACUGAGUUCCUCACUGUAGAUGCACAGGUGAAAAACUCGGGUGAAGUUGAUGGGCAUGCUGUUCUACAACUUUAUCUUACGUUCCCCCAGGACACCACACCGGCCCAAACACACGUCCAAGUACUCCGGGGCUUCCACAAGGUCUUUAUCAAAGCAGGGACAACCUCAACGGUGAGAGUCUCCUUGAUGAGGAGAGAUGUUAGCUUCUGGGAUGAGAAGAGCGAUCAGUGGGUGAUUCCAGAAGGUGACUUCACUUUCAAAGUCGGAUUCAGCUCUCGGGAUAAGGCUGCACUGUCGGAUACGGCUAGCUUGCUCUCACGUAUGGAGGAGUUGUCAUAG